AACAAAUAUGGUGUAGAGGUCAGUGCUGUAGUCGUGUGAGUGUAUGAGCCACGGAAAACACCCAUUCGUAUAUCUGGAUGCUGGUACUCUUGCUUCUUUCAUGGUCACUAACUUACUCAGUGUACCCAAGUUUUCAGCUUUCUGUUACAGCUUUUGAGAGUAAACCCGAUAGUAAACACCAUAGGCCAUCAAUCUUCCUGGCAGGUAUUUCCUGAGCAACUUUCUUUUGACGUCACACGUAAGGUGAAGUAGCAUCGGCUUCGUCAUCUUUAUUUUUUCGCGGAAAUCUUGCGCCGGCGUUUGAUGAACAGUGCCGGAGGUGAUCGGGGCAUUCGGGGGUCCCACGGCCUGUUUUUCCUCCAUUUCAGAGGUAUUUGGGUGACGGAGCUCUGGUGUCGGUCUGCGGGAGAGAAGAGGAGUUGAGCUCGGACCCGUGGGAAUGGAAUGAAGACGUUGGAAUUGUGCGUUGGUUUGGCUUCUUGGAAGGGCACUUGGAGGGUGAUUGACCGGAGUUUUAGUAUCUGGGUUCUGGGUCCAGUGACGCUACAUCGUUGCCGCUUUAUAGGAAGUUUUCUCAUUACAAACGACAUUUAAUGAGGAGAGGAGGAUAAACGAGAGAAGAGUGACAUGAAAUGCCAUUGAUCUGAUGUAGGAGGGAGAGGCGAGAAGUGAUCACCAUGCUGAUCAAGGAGUAUCGAAUCCCUCUACCACUGAGUGUGGAGGAGUAUAAGAUUGCUCAGCUCUAUAUGAUACAGAAAAAGUCUCGUCAGGAAAGCAAAGGGGCUGGGAGCGGAGUGGAGAUACUCAUUAACCAGCCCUAUGAAGAUGGCCCGGGAGGCACUGGGCAGUAUACCCACAAAAUUUUCCACAUAGGUAGUCAUUUACCAGGUUGGUUUCGUGCAAUAUUACCGAAAACAGCAUUACGGGUUGAAGAAGAGUCAUGGAAUGCGUACCCUUAUACGAAGACGCGCUACACGUGUCCAUUCAUCGAGAAAUUUUCCUUAGAAGUAGAAACGAAGUACUUACCGGAUGCGGGUCAUCAGGAUAACGUUUUUAAUUUGUCCAGUGCAGAGGCUAAGAGUAGAUAUAUAGAUUUAAUUGACUUUGUAAAUGACCCCAUCAGCAUCGACUACGUCAAAGAGGACGAUCCUCGGACCUUCCAGUCCAACAAAACCGGGAGGGGCCCCCUCAACGAUGACUGGAGGGAGGUGAACGAAGAUGGCGAGUUCUUGCCCAAGUACGGCUGUACGGACGUCAUGUGCGCUUACAAGCUGUGCAGGGUAGAGUUCAGGUACUGGGGCAUGCAGAACCGGAUCGAGAAGUUCAUCCAUGAUGUCGCUCUGAAGAAGACCAUGUUCCUAGCCCACCGGCAGGCGUGGUGUUGGCAGGAUGAGUGGUACGGCCUGUGCAUAGAUGAUAUCAGGGAGCUUGAGAGAGAAGCUGCUGAAGAGCUUCAGGAGAUGAUGGCUGAAGCUCACAUGGACGAAGAGAUACCGGUACAGAAUGUCCUCAACAGAAUUGACAGUAUGGCAUCGAGAAAGCGCUUUGAGCACAGUAACGGUUCCGCGACCACCACAUCGGAGUCGGAAUCGGAGAGCAGGCUAGACCACGGGAGAUUAGACUCCGUCGGUAGCGAUUUUGGAUUAGAUGAGACAGUAUUUUCGAAACACGGGGAGAGCUCAGCAAAGUGUGCCGCUGCCAAGGCCAAGAGAAGGUUAUCAAGUAGAUUAUCAUCAGAAAGUAGGGGUUCCAGAGAAUCCAAUAGUCACAUGCUAGCUCACUGGCAUAUGGAUAGCAUACAGCAGGACUCAGAUAGCUCAGAUGAAGAAUUCUUUGAUGCAAAAGAUUGGCAGGAAGAUCAAGAGGAUGACGGACCUUUGUUAUCCCAUUGGAGCUCCGAAGAUGUCCUUAGUCCAGCGUCAUUAGAAGAUGAAGCCAGAGACUCCCAGUUCUCAGGCAACAUGCAGUCGGACAUCACUGUCCUCUUCCUGGUGCUUCACGGUGGCAACGUCCUGGACGGCAUGCAGGAGACAGGGGCCAAGAGCAGCGAUAUCAACACCUUCAAGACUGCCUUCGACGCGGUGGUGAGGGCGCACUUUCCAGUGGCGCAGGGUCACAUAGCGGUCAAGCUGGUGUCGUGUCCGCCGACAUGCCAUGAAGCGUUCAGCUUGAUCACAAGCCUUGGACCAUGCGGGGUAGAUGCCUCAUCAUCAGCCUUUGACAACAAGCUCCAGACGAACACAGGAGACUUUGUCCCCAUCGGAGCACUGUCCAUCAUGGCCACGUCCAACCCUGACUACCUGGAGUCCGUGACCGCCACCGUCACCAGGAUGAACCACACCUACAAUGAGUUUGUCAAGUCACAGGAAGGCCACGGUUUUCAAGGACAGGUGUGUGUAGUAGGAGACUGCAUGGGUGCCAUCUUGGGUUACGAUGCCUUAGCCAGGGGGACGUUGAUCACCCCUCAGCAGUAUCUCUCCCCUUCCAUCAGCACCAUGAGUAACUGCACCUUCUAUGAUGCGCCCAUCUCCCCUUCGGGCACGUCCACGCCCCCUUCCGGCUCCCCAACCCCAAACAGCACCUCAACCCUCACCACGCCUCCUCCUGGGAACACCAACCAGCUGACCACCGCCCAAUCACAGCCCUCGUUCCUCACCCACAAGUGUCCCAGCAACAGCACCAUCGACAUGUUGAGGACGACGGAUGCGUUUGACGCGCCACGGAAGGUCACUGCCGCCAGUUCAAACAACCUGCAAGGAAUGCAUGAUCCUGGUGCAAGAUACACUAGUGCACCUCAUGACCGGGUCAAGCGCUUCUCCAACCCCACCUUCUCCAACCGGGAAUCGAUGCAGAGCUACAGCUCCGAGCUCGACGGCAGACGGAUCAGUCUCUGCUCCCAGGUCAGCAUGACCUCUGACAUGAUGCUGCCAAAGGUCGACUUUGAGGUCACGCAUUUCUUCAUGUUCGGCUCGCCGCUGGGCAUGGUGCUGGCGUACAGGAGAUCGCUGCAGGAUUUUAAACCAACCCUGCCUUUAAGACCAACGUGUUGUCAGCUCUACAACCUGUUCCAUCGGACGGACCCCUCAGCGGCCCGCCUAGAACCCCUCCUACACAGCAAGUUCUCCGUGGUGACCCCGUUCUCGGUUGAGAGGUAUCAGAAGUACCCCCGCGGAGACGGCAGGUCUAAUGGGCUCAUUGAUGCUAUCACUGCCAACAUGCUGCUGUUUUCUGAGGGGAGAGCAGAGGGUUACGGGCGGAGACACACCAGUGUAGCUAGCUCAGCCGGUGAGGCGGGGGAGAAUGAAGGGGUCUUAUCUGGACCUGCUCUACACACUGUUAAUGCUAUUACAUCAAAAUGGUGGGGCAGCAAGAGGCUAGACUUCGCCCUCUAUUGUCCCGAGGCACUGCAGGCAUUCCCGACUGGCGCCCUCCCUCAUCUAUUCCAUGCCAGUUACUGGGAGUCAACAGAUACCAUAGCUUUCAUCCUCAGACAGGUAUUUCACAACGACAGUGUGAGCGUGCAUGCUGGUGACGGGACAGCCGUUGCAAACUUCAUUCCUGCGCAGCCCAGGGAAAAAUGGCAGCGGAAAAGAACGUCUGUAAAAAUGAAGCAAAGCGUAAAUCCGAACCACCGAGCUAAGGACGUUGUCGUGAUGGAAGACGCUCCUCAGACAUUGGUUGGGAGAUUCAUGUACAGUACACUAGACAUGGUCACUCUUACUGGAGAAAAGGUGGACAUUCACAUCAUGACGCAGCCUCCCUCUGGGGAAUGGGUCCACUUUGCGACGGAGGUAACCAGCAGCACCGGCAGGGUCUCGUACACCAUUCCAGAAGCCAGACGACUGGGCCAGGGUAUUUAUCCAGUCAAGAUGGUCGUCAGGGGUGACCACACAUCAGCGGAUUCCUACCUGACGGUCGUACCACCCAAGACUGAGUGUGUCGUAUUCAGCAUAGACGGGUCAUUCACUGCUAGCGUCUCGAUCAUGGGUCGCGAUCCCAAGGUCAGGGCAGGGGCAGUCGAUGUUGUGAGGCAUUGGCAGGAGCUGAACUACCUGAUCAUCUAUGUGACGGCCAGACCCAGCAUGCAGAAACAGAAGGUGGUCUCCUGGCUAGCCCAGCAUAACUUCCCUCAUGGUGUGGUCUCGUUCUGUGACGGCAUCACCACAGAUCCGCUCAGACAGAAAGCUAACUUUCUCAAGGGACUCGUAGACCAGAGCAAACUUGUAAUCCACGCGGCGUACGGAUCAAGUAAGGACAUUCCUAUCUACUCCAGCAUCGGUCUCAUACCCACUCAGAUCUACAUCGUAGGCAAGGUCUCCAAGAAGUACCAGGCACAAGCUGUGGUCCUGAGUGACGGUUACGCAGCUCACCUUGACGGGGUCAGUCGAUGUUCCCGCCCCGCCGUCGGCAACGCCCGCGUGGCCCUCAGGAAAGGCUGCUUCAGUCUCCCCGGCCAAUCCAAGCCCGUUAGACCGGCCAAACAACCUGCUACUAGAACUGCAUCCUACCACGGCACGAGCCCGUCUGCCCCUCCGGCUUCUGGGUCCGGAUCGGGAGGGGAAGGGAAGAGUAGCGGGAUGACACGCACGCUGAGUCGAGCAACGCAGGGCUCCGUCAAGUUUGAGGUGUGAAAUCUUCGGAACUCUGAUGUGGGACGUAGGUUCAGAUGCUUUUGACAAGACGCUCUUGAGGAGAGGCUUUAAUCUUGGAUGUUAUUCGUAUGAUGGCUCCAACUCGGAGACUGCGAUGGAAAUGAAAUCUUUGAGAUUGGCGGAGGAAGCUUUGUGCUGAUGGUUUUGAUGGUUAUCCAGCAUACGGGUGGUUUGAAGACUGAAAAACUCACAAAAAGACGAAAGGUAUGUGCAAUGAAGUGCGUGCAUGGAGUACGUUGUGCAUGCUCUGCCGUUGCACAGUGUUUUGCUGCACGGAAGAAGACAAACUUGAAAGGCAGCGAUUCUCAUGCUUCUCUUGUUGAUUGGCCCAGCCCGUAUGACGCAACUUGGUGGACUACCUGGUGACAUAUAACUUGAAAGCGCUUCACAGUUCACCACUGAAGAAGAAAAAAAACUGCUGUGCUUCAAAUUGUUCACUUGUUAACAAUCUUCAUCAGGGGCCAUCGAUUACUAGCGCUCGGUCAUGAGUCGGAGAAGACACAUGUGUGAGAAGAACAAACUAUCAACUACGAUGUUGCUCUAUCGUAUACAUAUAUAUAUAUUAAUAUAUAACUUUAAAGAAUAAUUGUUUGAUGAACCAAACUUUUGAAAGUUAUCUUCAAAAUCCUACUGAAUCGAAUGCAUUCCAGUGUAUGUUAUUGCAAGUCGGUGAACUAAAGAAAACUUGUAAUGAUUGCAAGCAAUGAGUAUGAAUAUAUGUCUGCUGUGGAAUUGAACAAAAUAUUCUUUUAUUUUCCUUCCACUUUGUCAAAAACUGAUAUAAUCUCUUAAUUUUAUUUAUGUUUGCGCAAAAUAAUAACAAAAACAUUUAAGCACAUCUAGGUAUUAAAGACCAAAUGAAUUGUAAAAUAAUACUUUAUUAUUGGAAAAUUUCAUAAUCUUUAAAAAAAGAUCUUGUGUUCCCUUAUGUGAAAAUUAUGUUUUGAUACUUAAUCUAGUGCUUUUUUGUUUAUUUAAUUUUUAAGAUUUGGAAAAAGUGUAUUUAUGAUGUAAUACUUAUCAUUUGAUUUAUUAAAACAAUUUACACAAGCAAACAAAUUUCAUCCUGAAAGUCUAGUUCACUUCCAGCCAUGUGAGUUUUAUCAUUUCUAGAGAAGUGAAAUAUAUAUAUAACCCUGUGUCAUAUUCACUUAUUCACACAUUUUAUCUAGAAAAAGAAAUUGCUUUCCCGUGAAGGAAUUUUUGUACCUUUUCUUUCCUCAGUUUUCUAUUUAAGCCACAAGUUGCCAGUUUCUGACUUUAUACAAAAUUCUUCACGAGACUGAUAGAUAUUACCUAUGCUCUUUUUUUAUUUUUGUUAUGUUGAACCUUUGCAUGUUUUUUAUGAGGAGGUUUUUUCCCCUUCAAUUUCUUAGGUGAUAUUUGGGAAUUUCUUUCAUUCAUAGAAAUCCUGCUAAUUAAUCAUGCAUAUUUUCUCUGUCUAUCUCGCAUAUUCUCAAACAAAACUAGUUUGUGUUGUGUGCCAUAGUCUCCCAAGAUAACAAUUUUGCAAUGUCAGUCAAGACUAAUUUUCAGGUUUGCCAAUUUUAAAGACAUUUGCAAAUAUUUCUAAAGGCCAUGAAACUAUAAUCAAUACCACCCUUUUUUCUUUCAUUUGCUUUAACCUUUUGAUAUCCUACUUCUAGACUAUAUUCAAUUUUAUUCCAAACUGCUUUUAAUUGUAGACUAGGGACCAAAUAAUAAUUGGACCCAAUGAAACUCCUGUGCAGGCUGUGGAAUACUUGGAAUAUUUGAUCAUUUUAAAUGCAAAAUGUCAUCGUGUGGAGAAUUUGAAAGUGAAUCA